AUGCUUACCAAAAACAAUUUUGCUGUCCUCAACAGACGUCUUCGUGCUAGUUGUGGAGCAGCUGCGGAUACCAUCCGUCGACUGGAGAAAGACCUUUGUCAAGUCAAGUCUUCGUCUGGUCAGCACUUGGCCAAGCUGGCCGAAAUGAAGGAUAAACUGAAAGCUGCUGAGGAUAGGAGCCUCUUCACUACCAUGGAAUCACGUGGUUUAGCUUAA